AAGGGUAUAAAAUGAACAGAGUCUGGGUUACCACAGCUUUAACUCGCCAAUGCAAAGGAAGCAUGAGUGCUGUCGUCCUCUCCAUGCUUUUCGCUCUUGCUUGUGGGCAAGCAGCAUCCUUUUGUAUUCCCACUGAGUACACAAUGUACGUGGAUAGGAGAGAGUGUGCCUACUGCCUGACCAUCAACACCACCAUCUGCGCCGGGUAUUGUAUGACACGGGAUAUCAAUGGCAAACUGUUUCUUCCUAAGUACGCACUUUCUCAGGAUGUCUGUACAUACAGAGACUUCAUCUACAGAACAGUGGAAAUACCAGGAUGCCCGCUUCAUGUUGCUCCUUAUUUCUCCUACCCUGUUGCCAUAAGCUGCAAGUGUGGCAAGUGUAAUACUGACUACAGUGACUGUAUCCACGAGGCUGUCAAGACCAACUAUUGCAUCAAGCCACAGCCAUUCUAUCUGGGGGGAUUUUCUGUUUAACUUCAAUAGCAAUGCAAUCUGCUUAGAUGUGUUUACCUGGAAUAGAAUGAAUAAAAUACCACUGAGCCGUCU